AUGGCCGCUCAGGUCGCCACUCUCAACACUAGCCCACCCGUCGAACUUAAAAAGCCGGAGCGGGAGCCGCAGGACGAGUCGGUGCUCGGAGAUAAGCAGCAGCAGGAAAGCAAGGAGCCGCGCUCCGACGGCGGAUCCCCGGGACAGAAGGAACUAGACGGGGCCGAUGUGGGAAAUGCUGCUGCUGCGGGAGGAGGAGGAGCAGGAGGAGACCCUGACAUGAAGAACGGCAACGGGAACCCGUCCAGGGUGAACAAUAACAAUAGCCAGAAUGAUUCCGAAGGCAACAACCACCCCGGCAUGGCUCCCCACCACACGGGAGCCUUUCCCCCACCUCCAUACACCUACAACCAGCACUACAACCGGGCCCCUUUUCAUCAACAUGGCGGACAACAAAGCCCUGGCAUGGCAGGGCCGGCGGUGAUGGACUCAUAUCCGCCCAAUUCGCACGAACACGGCUACCCGAACCACUUCAACAACUACAGCCCCUUCCCAAACCGGACUCCGUACCAGCAGGGCCAAAGCUACGGCGUGAAUUCCCCGCGAAACAGCCAGCAGCCGACGGCCGGGGGGCAGCCAGGCAAGCAACCGCCGCCAGGAGGAACUAGUAACGUUACUGCUGCUCCCUACAACAACCAGAGGUAUAACAUGGGAACCCCUCAGCCCACGUCCACCCCAACGCUGAACCAGCUUCUGACUUCUCCCAGCUCCACGAGGAGCUACCAAAACUACCCGGCCAGUGAGUAUAGCGGCCAGGACGGGGCUACCAAAGGACCGGGGGACAUCAGUAACGUUAGUCAGUACGGUGGCGGCCAUCCGGCCUGGCCACAAAGAAGCCAUCACCCUCCUCCAAUGAGUCCGGGAAGCACCGGACAAGCCCUCAACAGGACCCAGCCUCCCGUCCCCAUGGAGCAGGUGGGUAAAAAUCGAGGGCAACACUACGGUGCAGGAAACCCCUACUCUCAGCAGCAGGGACCUUCCCCGAGCGCCCAACAGGGUCCUCCUUACCCAGGACAAGGUUAUGGACCCCCGGGACCCCAGAGAUAUCCUAUGGGCAUGCAGGGCCGCACUCCUGGGAGCAUGAGCGGAAUGCAAUACGGACAACAGAUGAGCUAUGGACAGCAUGGCCCAGGUAGUUAUGGUCAGAACCAAGGUGGCUACUACGGACAACAGGGCCCUUCACCUCACGGAGGACCCCAGCAGUCUCCAUACCCCCAGCAGCCCUCCACGGCUCCAGGCUCUCAGCCCCCUUAUUCCCAGCAAUCCCCUGGUCCUCCCCAUGGCCAGAGUGGGCCCUCUUACGGGCAACCUCAGGGCCAACCUCCAUAUUCCCAGACUCCGCAGUCACAGUCAGGACAGCCUUCCUACCCCCAGUCCCAGGGUCCCCCUCAGUCACAGGGUCCUUCUCAGGGCCAGCAAGGUUCUCAGUCGCAGCCUGGAUACUCUCAACCACCCUCCGGUCCGGGUCCGGCUCCUCAGCAGCAGGGACCUUCACAACAACAACAACAACAACAACAACAGCAGGGCCCGCCACAAUCACAGCCGCCCAGCUCAGUGCCACCUCAGUCAUCCCAGCAACCUUCAGGACAGGGUCAGCCCUCACCUUACUCCCAGACCCCUCCGCUGCAGUCUCAGCAACAACAGUCGCCCUUCCAGCGCUUUCCUCCGCCACCUCAGGAGCUUUCACAAGACUCCUUCAGCUCUCAAUCUUCAGCUCCUUCCUCCAAUCAGCCCAUGGUGUCUGGCAAGAGUGGUCCAGAGGAGACCAUGCAGGGACGACCUUCCAGUCUGCCUGAUUUGUCGGGCUCCAUCGACGAUCUCCCCACAGGCACAGAGGGUGCUUUAAGCCCGGGCGUGAGCACAUCAGGUGUGUCCAGCAGUCAGGGUGAACAGAGCAACCCAGCGCAGUCGCCGUUCUCUCCCCACACCUCUCCUCACCUCUCGGGGAUCCGUGGGCCCUCUCCCUCACCCGUGGGUUCGCCUGCCAGCGGCCCGGCCUCGCGCACGGGACCCCUCUCACCUGGAGCCAUGCCUGGAAACCAAAUGCCCCCCAGACCAUCGAGCGUCCAAUCAGAUGGUAUAUUACAUUCCUCCAUGAGUCAGGACAGAGUAUAUAUGAGGAACCCUCAGAUGCCAUACGGCUCUCCUCAACCCGGGUCAACUUUAUCCCCACGGCAAUCAUCUGGAGGCCAAAUGCAUAGUGGGAUGGGUUCCUUCCCCCAGAACAACACCAUGGCUAACUAUGGGCCGCAGGGUGCCCAGUACGGACCUCAAGGUUACCCGAGGCCACCAGGUUAUGGAGGCAUGCCAAAUGCUAACUAUCCAGGUGGUCCUGGCAUGAGUGGAUCCAUGAACCCUAUGGCUGGGCAGGGUGGAGGAGGGCCGUAUGGAGGGAUGCCUCCAGGACGCAUGGGGCCAGGUCAGAUGGGUACGAGGCCAUACGGCCCUGGCAUUGCCCCCAACAUGGGUGGCAUGCCCCCUCAGGUGGCAUCUGGAAUGUGUCCACCACCGGGAAUGAACAGAAAGCCUCAGGAUCCUGCUGCAGCGGGCAUGCACCAUGGCCCAUCCAACUCCAUACACAGACCGCCUGGAUUUCCUAACAUGAACCAAGGAAUGAUGGGAGCUGGGUCUCCAUAUGCACCACCCAUGAACAGCAUGCAGGGUAUGAUGAAUCAAGCAGGACCGUACCCAAUGCCUGGCAACAUGUCCAAUAACUCUGCAGGCAUGGCUCCCAGUCCAGAGUUUGGCAUGGAGAAACUCAACCAAUCGCAGAAGUUGAAUAACAAAGUGGACGGGACUCCUAAGACCGAAUCAAAAAAGAAGUCGAGUUCGUCCACCACCACUAAUGAGAAGAUAACCCGUCUGUAUGAGCUGGGUCCGGAACCAGAGAGGAAAAUGUGGGUGGAUCGUUACCUUGCGUUUGCUGAGGAGAAAGCCAUGGGCAUGAACAAUCUCCCCGCGGUGGGCCGCAAACCCCUCGACCUCUUUCGCCUCUACGUGUCCGUCAAAGAGAUUGGUGGCCUCACUCAGGUGAACAAGAAUAAAAAGUGGAGGGAAUUAGCCACUAAUCUAAAUGUGGGCACAUCCAGUAGUGCGGCCAGCUCUCUAAAGAAACAGUACAUCCAGUGUCUCUACGCGUUUGAGUGCAAGAUCGAGCGAGGGGAAGACCCUCCGCCGGACUUCUUCAACACUGACCCUAAAAAGAACCAGGCUAAGGUCCAGCCCCCGUCACCAGCUGGAUCAGGAUCGUUACAGGGUCCUCAGACGCCUCAGUCGACCAGCAGUUCAAUGGCCGAAGGUGGUGACCUGAAGCCCCCUACCCCUGCCUCAACACCGCACAGUCAGAUGCCACCCAUGCCUGGUGCUAGGAGCAGUGUGAAUUUACAGGACCCGUUUGCUGACGGUGGGGAUCCAGCUUUUACCAGGCGUAACUCUGUAACCCCCAAUUCAGGUUAUCAGCCUGGUAUGGGUGGACCAGACAUGAUGGGCCGCAUGGGGCCUUAUGAGUCGAAUAAGGACCCCUUCGGUGGUAUGAGAAAAGCGGGUGAGCAGUUCAUGAGCCCAAAUCAAGGCUCGAAUAGUGGCAUGGGGGAGCAAUAUAACCGAGGCGCCGCAGGACCUAUGGGCAAUAUUCCGAUGGGUCAAAGACAACAGUACCCAUAUGGUCCGGGAUACGACAGAAGACCAGACUCAAGUAUGGGCCCAGAUGGCAAUAUGGGUCCACAGCCUAACAUGAUGCCUUCUGGUGCAGAUGCAGGGAUGUACUCACCCAACCGGCCCCCACAACAGCAGAGGCAUGAUUCUUACAGUAAUCAAUACCCUGGCCAAGGUGCUCCCCCUUGUGGACCAUACCCAAACCAACAGUCAGGAAUGUACCCACAACAACCACCGAAUUACACGCAGAAGAGGCCAGUUGAUGGUGUUUACGGUCCUCCUGCAAAGCGUCACGAAGGGGACAUAUACCCGUUUGGUGGUCAGCAGCAGGGACCCCAAGCCCCAGGUGGACCUCAGUCCCAACCAGAUAUGUAUAACCAGUAUAAUACCUAUCCAGGCUCCGACAGACGCCCACCUGGCCCACAGAGCCAAUUUCCUUUCGGUUUCGACCUAACCAAUCGAGGUCGAGGACCUAACAUGGGUGGUCCAAACUCCCAGCCAUCCAUGCAGCCGCAGAUGAUGGGUAGCUCCAUGAGUGUGCCCUCAGUCCCCGAUGGACCCCAAGGUCCCAUGUGGCCUGGGCGUAAUGAGAUGAACUACCCAAACUAUCAUAAUCGCCAGGGGCCCCCUGGUGUCCCUUCUCAAGGUCAAGGCUACCACAGCAUGAAUCGUUCUGAAGACAUGAUGCCCUCAGAUCAGCGCAUGAACCAUGAGGGAUCUUGGCCUGGCCAUGUUAACCAGCGUCAGCCCCCUUACGGGCCUGGGGGCUCUGGGCCGCCAAUGUCCAGAACUCUACAACCCAACUAUCAAUCCUCUCAGAACCACAUUCCACAAGUGUCCAGCCCUGCACCCAUGCCAAGACCAAUGGAGAACAGGACCUCGCCCAGUAAGUCUCCAUACAUGCACUCGGGGAUGAAAAUUCAGAAGGCCGGACCUCCAGUUCCUGCGUCACACAUUGCCCAGCCGUCGGUGCAGCCCCCUCUGAUUCGGAGAGACGUCGCAUUCCCACCAGGUUCGAUAGAGGCCUCGCAGCCCCUUCUGAAACCGCGUCGUCGGCUUACCAUGAAGGAUAUCGGAACACCAGAGGCUUGGCGAGUCAUGAUGUCCCUCAAAUCAGGCUUGUUAGCUGAGAGCACAUGGGCUUUGGAUACCAUUAAUAUUCUUCUCUAUGACGACAACAGCAUUUCUAACUUUAACCUGAACCAGCUUCCGGGCUUCCUCGAGCUUAUAGUCGAGUACUUCCGAAGGUGCCUCAUUGAGAUCUUUGGCAUCUUGAAAGAGUACGAGGUUGGAGACCCUGGGCAGCGUACCUUGAUUGACCCAGAUGCCAUUGACCCUGAGAUGUCCGAUGAGGAGGGGCCAGAGGCAGAGCAGAUGGAAGAGGAGGAUGAGGAUGAUGAUGAUGAGGUCGAGAUGGACCCGGUCCAUACGCCACAAGUCCAGAUCAAGCAGGAGAAAGAGGAGUCUACGCAGGGUGAAAAAUCAAACGACGUAGAAGAGAGGGAAGCCAACGAGACUUCAUGCAAAGAUCCUCUCAGGUCGUCCACCCCAUUGCUGGACACAAGUCAGGAGAGGCCAAAGCAGGCUAGUAAAUUUGACAAGCUCCCCAUCAAGAUAUUAAGGAAAAAAGACCCGUUUGUGAUCGGCCGCACUAGUAAAUUGGGUCGGCGGCAGGCUUUUGAUAGCGGUCUCGUCCAUUGGAGCGUGGGUGGCGGUGACACCACCGAGCAUAUACAAACCCAUUUCGAGAGCAAGACGGACCUCUUGAAACGGUUCCCGGUGAACGUGAACGUCGAGCCGCGCAAGAAGGCACCUCAAGUUACGGACAACGCUCAGAAGGCGCAGACGAAUGACGAGCAGCAACCUGGAAAAAGCACGCCAGCGAGUAUAACGGCCACGUUUGACGACGUCCUCUCGGCGAGGCGAGGCUCCGUCACCGAGGAGGCGGUCCGAGGCAACCUGGAUGUCGACAGGGAGAAAAACACGUUCCUCUUCGGGAUGGAUCUCGCACAGCAGAGCCGCAACAUCAAGAUCCUGGAAGACGAGCCGCACAGCAAAGACGAGACGCCGCUGUGUACGCUCUCGGAUUGGCAGGACGCCCUCGCGCGCCGCUGCAUCUGCGUCUCCAACAUCAUCCGCAGCCUUUCCUUUAUUCCCGGCAACGACCAGGAGAUCUCCAAGCAUCCAGGGCUGUUGCUGUUACUCGGCCGGCUCGUGCUGUUGCACCAUCGGCAUCCUGAGCGCAAGCAGGCGCCGGUUACUUACGAAAAAGAGGACGAGGAAGACGAAGGCGUGAGUUGCGAGCGAGACGAGUGGUGGUGGGACUGCCUCGACGUUUUGCGGGAAAACUGCUUGGUGACGUUAGCCAACAUCUCAGGUCAGCUGGACCUCUCCGUCUACCCUGAGAGCAUUUGCUUGCCCCUGCUAGACGGCUUGCUCCACUGGGCCGUGUGCCCUUCGGCCGAAGCCAUCGACCCCUUCCCCACGCUGGGGCUCAACGGGACGCUGUCUCCCCAGAGGCUCGUCCUCGAAACCCUCAGUAAGCUUAGCAUCCAGGAUAACAAUGUUGACCUCAUUCUGGCUACACCGCCUUUCAGCCGCUUGGAGAAGCUCUACGGCUCCCUCGUGCGCAUGGUCGGCGAGCGCAAAGUGCCCGUCUGCCGGGAAAUGGCGGUGGUGCUGCUAGCUAACCUGGCGCAAGGCGACGGCGUCGCGGCCCGGGCUAUCGCGGUGCAGAAAGGCAGUGUGGGGAACCUUCUCGGCUUCUUGGAGGACAGUCUUGCAGCCACGCAGUUUCAACAGAGUCAGGGCUCGUUACUGCACCUGCAGGGGGCGCACUUCGAGCCCACCAGUGUGGACAUGAUGCGGCGGGCGGCACGAGCCCUGCACGCUCUCGCCAAAGUGGAGGAGAACCACUCGGAGUUCACGCUGUUCGAGUCGCGGCUACUGGACAUCUCGGUGUCCCCGCUCAUGAACUCGUUGGUGUCCCACGUGAUCUGUGACGUACUUUUUCUGAUCGGCCAGUCGUGACAGCCGUGGGGGUGAUGGUGCGUUUCCCCACUCGUUUUUUUUUAAUGUGUGUGUGUGUGUGUGUGUGUGCGUGUGUCGACAGCGAAACUGACUGAGUGUACGUUCAUUUUUUUUUUUUUUUUUAUUUAUGCAAAAUCACCUCAGAUUCCACUGUCUAUCCUUGCUUUGCUCCAUUGAGUCACGAUGGAUUUGACACGUACAAGAAUGAAACUUACAAGGAUGUGCCGAUCGAGAUCCUCGCCUGCGAGAGUGCGCUGCCCUUUUUUGUAAGGAAAAAUUAAAUGAAAACUGUAACCAAAGUUGCUGUCACGUUUACAGUGAGUUUGGGGAGAAAUCGUGCCCGCGUACACGCCUUCCGGGUGGGGAAGGGCGACCGUAAUCUGGUUCUUGGAGGCUAAAUGGACUUGCAGACUCUGGUGUGUGGUAUAAAUUGCUGUAACUUUGAUUAAAUAUAUACUUAGCCCUAAAGGAACCAGGUCGUUGGCUGUGAACAGAAAUGUAAAUGGGAGGCCUGUGCAGUAGAUUGUAGGACUUUUUUUCUGUACUGUACACCUUAAAACUGUAAACAUACUGUAAUAAUACUGUUUCACACUGAGAUAAUGCUGGCUUGGCAGCAAAAAAACUGUAGUUUUUAAAAAUGAUGAUGAUGAUGAUGAUUUUAGUUCAUGUUGAGAGAGGAGAAAAUGGCUUUCCCCCCAAAGUAACGUGAACCUACAACACCCCGACCUCUUCUUUGUCCCUCGAUUGUAUGACUUGACCCUUAAAGAAAUCACCUCUUAGGACUGGUCUUGAGCUCUAGAUGCAGUCCAGGCUGCAGUGUAUAUAAUGAUGUUGUAAAUUACACUCUUUCUCUCUCAUCUUAUGGCGCUCUUCACCGUUUUUAAUCUUUGACGAAUUAAAGGUUUCACUCAACAGAUCUCUCAUUGCACAUUGCCAUGUGUUUAUUUACCACCCUCCUCUCCUUACAUUGCCCAUUCACACAUAACAUUUCAAUUGCUUUUGUUCGAGCUGUAGAGGCGCACGUUUCCAACCAGACGAGUCCAUUAACUCCAACCAUACGAGGAUACAAUACACACGUUUGUUUCCCCCUCUUUCCCAGCGGUUUCCUUAGUCGACUCCAGUGCUAUGGAUUCAUAUUUGUAUUUCAGAUGAUGUAGCUAAAAUCUUGUUGUAAAUUCCUUUUCCCCCCCUUUUGGCUUAAUGAAUAUCAUUUAUUCCGUAUGAAAUCUUUAUACUAUAUGUUCCACGUGUUAAGAAUAAAUGUACAUUAAAUCUUGGUAAAACGCU